AUGUCGAAUAAAGCAAUCAUUGAACAAGGCCUCAAGGUCAUUGGACUUCCAUACAAAGGCUCCGAUCCAAAUGGUUCCUAUAUCCAACAAUGGGAUGCUGAUCUGAUCGAAUUCAGCAAAAAUAUCGAAAAGUAUUACGAAGAUAAUCGUCAGACGGAUGGGGAGUUCGCGAAAAAGUUGCAAAUUCUGAAGGAAAUCGAAGAUUAUUUGAUUAAACAAGUCUUCAAUAAACAGAUUAACAGGCGGUCUUACGAAAUAAAGGCAGUUGUACCUUUCGGAAGUUCGAACAGUGGUCUUGGUAUGAAAGGGGGAGAUCUUGAUUUGAUAAUUUGUGUAUAUCCGCCACUUCCACAAGGAUACGAAGUCGAAAUGAAGAGAAGAACAAAUGACAUCUUGACUGUCAUUCAUGAAAAAAUCAAAUCGAAAGAAAUGCUUAGAAAUAGGAGAUUUGAAGAUCUAGAACACAGAGAAAAAGCUCGAGUUCCGAUUGUUACUGGAAAAGUUGAUGGCAUUGACUUGGAUAUCAGUAUUUCAAUGACUCAACUUGUUUGCGCCCAAUAUCUCUCAUCCAAAUAUAUUGAUGCUUAUGAAAAAUACGAUCGUCGAUUCAUUCUGUUGGCUGCAUUUGUGAAAGAAUGGCAAAACUCUGAGAAAGAAGGAAAGGACGAUGAGUACUGUAGAGCUGUUUUCCCGAACUCUUGUAGUACCGUACUCCUUGUAACGUUCUUCAUGAAAUACUACAACCUACUUCCUCAUGUCACCACAAAGCAUAAUGGUAGCAGUCUUACUGAAGAAGUUUGUGGUACUAAUGAAUGUUUCAGAUCGCCUUGGGGAGGCGUAUGUAACAUGGGCAAAAAGGUAAACAACUGGAAGAGAAGUAACUUCUGUCAAGUGAGCGUUGGAACAUUAUUUCUUCUUUUUCUUCACUUUUAUACAAAUGUAAUUGAUUUCAAAACUCAAAGGUUGGAGAUGGAAAGAGCAACGGCUAAACCGAAAAGUGGGAAUGAUGCUCCAAAUCAGAUUGUUAUCGAGGAUGUGAUUGACAAACAGAAUCCAGCAGGGUCAGUCACCGAUAUCGACGCUUACAAGCAAUAUCUACAGAAAGCCUUGAAAAUCAUCAAAACUGUCAAAGGAAAAGAUAUUUUUGACAGAUUGCUGGGGGAAGAUUGA